GGUAUCUGUUUUCAAAUCAGAAGUAUUUGAAACUCCAUGGCAGAAUUCAUAUAUAACAACACAUCUGGCUGCCAAGGAGAUUUAUUCCUACUGAUUGUAACCUGUCGUUGGCCUCUUCUAAAGUAAGUUCAUAGUCCUCAUGGUUGCAUGCAUGGUUGGACCAUGUGUUAUAAUAUAAAGUACCAUUUUUUUUAAAAAAAAGUCCAAAAUCACUUUGCAUCCUCACCCUUCACACCACUCCAUUGCUUGUUGAGCACUGGCUUUUAAAUCAGUUCCUUAAAGCAUUCUGCUUUUCAUGGACUCGGCUGCAAUGAAUAAAUGGAUAAUACAGUCCUAUGUUAGUUUUAUACUAAAUAUCGCAGGUUAACUGUAGAGUUCAAAUAAAGAACUAUAUGCAUUUGUGAGAAUGCAUAUCAAGAAAUGCAUCAAGAAAAAUGCAUUUAUUAUUUAUUCAAUUUAAUAAUUCCAAAAUCAACAAAUAAAUACAUCAACAAAUAUGUAAACAUAUUAAUUACUACAUUUUUAAUUACUCCAAACAUAAUAAAAUGAAUUAUUGUAUUUUGUACGUUUGGUUUCCUGUAUAAUAUGAAAAUACUCCAUUUUUCUAUAGAAUAUUUUUAUUUUGUAGUACUAAUAAAUUCGUUACAUGCAUAUAUACUCCACUCUGAUUUUUCAGUAGCCAUUUCGAGGCCUGUUUCAUAUUUCCUGGUAAGUGAGUGCUCCUGAAACCAGACAUAAAUUCCCUGUUAUUACUACUAUUAAUAAUUUAUACCCCGCCUUUCCCCUAAUGGGACUGAAGGCAGUUUAGACAAAAACAAGAAUGGCUAAAAACUGGAAAAAUACAAUUAAACAUUGAUAGAUUUAAAACUACAGUGGUCCCUCGACUUACGAAUUUAAUCCGUUCCGAAUGCACAUUCGUAGGUCGAAAAAUUUGUAAGUCAAAAAAAGCGGUUUCCCAUAGGAAUGCAUUGGAAACGGAAAAAUUCAUAAGUCGAGAAAACCCCAUCUAAACUGCAACGCUUUUCCUUUCGGAUGUAAAAAAAAAUGUAAGUGUGCGGCCAUUUUCCCCCCAUUCAUAACUCGAAAUUUCGUAAGUCGAGUACUUCGUAAGUCAAGGGACCACUGUAUAUACUUAUAUAAGAUAUGCUACAAGGGAAAGAGAUACAACUGGAUACAACACAAAGACUAUGAAUUCUAGCAAAAUAUAUUUCAGUCACAUAUAUUCAGGUUCAGUUGUGGAAAAGAAAUCCCAAACAUUUAAUCAGUUCCAUGUUUAUCCCUAUUCCUAGAAGCUCAGGCCAUGCAGUUUCAUCUUCACAACAACCUUGGUCAAAUAAUUUGUCCACUACAGCAGUGUUUCCCAACCUGGUGUCUCCAGCUGUUUUCAGACUACAAUUCUCAUCAUCCCUGACUACUGGUCUUGCUAGCUAGGGAUGAUGGAAGUUGUAGUCCAAAAACAGCUGGGGUCCCAAGGUUGGGAAACACUGCACUACAGCACAAUCUUUGAGUUGUUAAAAAGGCACAAGUUUUCUGUUUGUCUGCAUUGCUUGUUCAUACCGUAUUGGCAUCCGUGCAAAACUCUUCAUUUUGUUUGUUUAUUAAAUUUAUACCUUGUCCUUUCUCCCAAAGGAGCCCAGAGCAACAUUUACAUAAUUAUAUGGUUAAAUAUUUCUUAUUUAAUCUUGAAGCAAAGUUUCUUGUGUUAAACAAAUUUGUCUAGAUCAGAUACAUACUUUAUUACUGCCAUUAAUUUUUGUAGACAGUUACUUUAAAUUCACAUAAAUCAAAGGAUUUGUAGGGUGAGUUAAAGAUUUGUGUCAUCAACAGGAUAAAAAAAUAAUACAAAUUAUGUAGUUCAGGCUCAGAUAUUAACUUGCAACAUCUGCCUGUAAGAUGAAUCGUGAGAAUCUUUGAUUCAGAGGCAUACACACAUUCAGGAUUUUUUAAAAAAAAAAUGUGUGGGGGAGAUGUAGCUCUACCAAAGCAAUUUUGGAGGGAUAUGUUGGAUAAAAUUCAGGAAAUAAUGUGAUAUGAUAUUCCUUUAGAUCUAAAGCAGAGGAUCCUUAAAAGGAAAUAGAGUUUUAUUUUAUUUUAGAAUUAUUGUUUAAUUUACUUGCCAUCGAAUGAGUUUCUUUUGCAGUGGGAAUUUAUUGAAAAAAACACACAUUCAAAUCCCUGUACUGUAAUUUCAAAAUGACUUUAUGACCAUCUUCCAGGCAGCCAUGAAACAUGUACCGGUAUGGUAAAUAUGCAGAGAUCUGAUGAGUGUAUAUUACAACAUAAAAUCACAACACCUGUUUUAUUAUGACACAGAACAACAAUUUUCAGAACGCAUUAGCUCAUGAAGGACAAGAAGCAGUGGACAACAAUAAAAGAAUGACAUGUAUCUUAAUGCACACUUGGGGAACCUGCAACCUCAUUUUGUGCAGCCACUGAGCCCUAUCAGAGCUCCUUUCCUCCUUGUUCAUUUCCUUGUUUUUCUUGACUUUUUAAGUGUCCCCCUGUCCUUCUUUCUGUGUAGUUUUGGAACAACUGGUUCAGACAGUUGAUAAAAACUAACGACCCUUUUCCCGUUUAUUUCUUCCCGGUAGUAUUUAUGUAUUUGAUUUAUAAAAACAAUUAAAGCAUUGUUACAUUAAAGCAAAUCAAAACAUGCAGAAAGAAAUCACAUGUAGCUUGAAGAACAUAAUCCCUACUAACCGAAAUAACUCUUCUGGACAGUGGCUCCUAUGUUCCCAAUAAAUGUGUGGCUCCUAUACUAAAUGUACCAAAAAGCAUAGAGUUAGAAAGCUAGUGGAUUAUACCGGUUAGACAGCAACCCUGCCUAGGUAAAACAUCACUCCCUAAAACUGCUAUGUGCCCUGAUUUUUGUGGUGGUAGUGGUGAAGUUGGGGGAAAAUUUUGGCAGGAAAACAAUAUGAAGGGAGAUCCUGAUCCAGACUGGGGCAUUUUGUAAAUAAUUUGUUUUUUUUUUUAAAUCAUCUUUGGGGAGACAAAUUUGCCCUGUUUGUAGUCUGAGCUUCACUGAUCCUGCAGCUACACACUACACUAUGGAAGGAAGGAAUGGGAGAUGUUCUUUGAGGCAAGAGAACUACUGGUUCUACUACGUUGUUUGCAUGUGGUGGCAGUGAGAAUGUGUCCCGUCCCUAGAUGACGUGUGUGUGUGUGUGUGUGUGUGUGUGAGAGAGAGAGAGAGAGAGAGAGAAAGAGAGAGAGAGAGAGAAUAUGAGUAUACAUAUGAGAUGAGUAAGAAGGUACCAUUAGGAGUCGUUUCUGUUUUCCCCACAAAAGCCUAAAGUUGACCCUAUUGCUAUCUCAAUCAUUCAGUUAUUUUCUUUGUAAGACACACACACACACACACACACACACACACACACACACACACACUUUAUAGGGCUGCUUAAAAAAAUUCAAAGAACCUUAAUAUUUAAUUUCAUUUAUAUAAAUGUUUUUUUAUAUUCCUCUGACUGGAAACUGAGGGUGGCUAAUGAUAUAAAGGUGUGUGAUAAUCAUAAACUUUUACAUUAAAAAACUAACAGUCAAUAGGUUCAGACUUGCUGUUUUAGCCUAAACUGCCAGAAGCGGCUUAGCUGUUCCCAAAUAAUGGGAGGGACAAGCUUUGUCUAGGUAUACCUGGGAAAGUGUUAAUUGUUACAGGAUAUGAAUCAAGCGCUUGAAAGCAAAAGGCAGGAUAAAAGCCAUUCAAGUUGCCACAGGUAGGCAGGUAUCCAUCUCGCUGCUAAUUUCCUGACAGCGGGGCACUAAGACGUGUUGGUGUCCUUCCUUUCCUCUGACUUAGAGCAGAAAAUUAAACUGAUUUGGAUGAUAUAAAACUAUAAGAUAAGAGCCAUAAACAUUAGUUUAAAAUAAGUAAAAUCUAUAGUAGGCUAUCCGUUUAUCUAGGGUGUGUGCUCCUCUGAUGUUUCCAAAAAAUGGGAGUGGCUAACUUUGGGCAUACCCGGAAAAGUGUUAAUUGUUACAGGGAAUUAAUCAAGCAGUGGAAACUGUGAAAGGCAGCAAUGCAUGACGUAUUGGUUGGACCAUUCAAAUUGCCGCAUGCAAAGGAUAUAGAGACUAGCAGUGAGAGCACACAGAUGUUUACCAUGUGACUACUUUCUGAGCUCCGUGCUGAAGUUGGUUACCAAUUUCAAGUUCUUCCUUGAGUUGAAAAUUCACAACUCAGUCAGAAAGCAUAAAAAGGAACAAAGGUUUAUAUAUCCCUGAACUCCAAAAUAAGCUUGGCCUACCACAUACAAUAUGUUUCAAUUAUUUUAAUGUAUAUGACCUUGAUAUUGUUAUGAGUUGGCAGUUUAUAUUCUUGUAAGUAUCACACCUCUAUGACUAGGAGACUACCUCUUUUGAGAUGCACAGGAAUGUUCUAAAUCACUGCAAUACUCAUAAAUGAGGUAAUGGAAAAUUUGGGCUACUUCAAAUUGUGACCCAAGACAGGGAGCCUAAAUAAUCACAUUAUAUAUACUGAUUUAAUAUCAAUUGCACAGUGGUAAGUUUAAAGAAAGACAGGUUUAACCUGUUUUAAUUUGUUUCAAUUGGAUUUGAUUUGAUUCAUCUUAAAUCAGUUUAGAACUUUAAAACCAUUUUUUAAAAAAAAAAAUGCAAGUGACAUAGGGAUGUGUUCAGCAUAGCACUAAGUGGAACAGUCUGUCAGGGGAAGGAUUCUUCCUUGCACAAUAGAACAUUUGCCCCCUCCCCUCCCCCAUGAAAUCUAUUCUGAGGAUUCCCCCUACCCCUUCAGAACAGAUUUGGGGAUAGUGCAGAAAACAUGUGGGAGGAAGAGAGGGAAGAAAUUCCAUCAUGCUAGCAGUAAUCAGUGCACUAGCGGAACUAUUUAGUUGAAUGCCACCCACUUUUCUCAGGUUGUGGGUGCAUAUAACCUGGGGUGGCAUGGUAGAGGAAGGCUUGACUGCAUAUUAAGACCAAACAGAGAACUCAGUUGAAACAAUUAUUUGCCAUCACACAGAAGACAGGAUCCUAGAUAUGUGGGUGUACAAUCUGGAGUGGUCUGAAGGUUAUUUUGGGAAGAGUCCCUUAUUCUUUUCUACAUAUUCUGGCCAUUAUUAGCAUUGGUCCCUUGAUAGACAUAUAGUUUCCUGAACCCAGUUGACCAAUAGGAGCUGGUAUUGAGCACUGUGGUCUAAACCACUGAGCCUCUUGGGCCUGCUGAUAGAAGGUCGUCAGUUUGAAUCCCCAUGACGGGGUGGGCUCCCGUUGCUCAGUCCCAGCUCCUGCGAACCUUAGCAGUUCGAAAGCAUGCCAAAAAAGUGCAAGUAGAUAAAUAGGUACCGCUCCGGUGGGAAGGUAGACCACAUUUCUGUGCACUGCUCUGGUUUCGGUGUUCCGUUGUGCCAGAAGUGGCUUAGUUAUGCUGGCCAUAUGACCCGGGAAAACUGUCUGCAGACAAACGCCGGCUCCCUCGGCCUGUAAAGAGAGAUGAGCGCCGCAACCCCAGAGUCGGCUGCGACUGGUCUUAACUGUCAGGGGUCCUUUACCUUUUUAAAAUGUUUUUAUGACAGCCUUACUCAAGAGAGCAGAGUUCCUUGAGAUGGCUGGAGAUAAGUGAAAUCAAGAAAGGACACUGCAGCUAUUAGGAAGUGAUGUCCCUUAUCAGUGAUCAGUGCUGAUCAAUGCUGAUCAGUGGAUGUUUGAUCAAUUGGGUUUAGAGAAAAAGUCCAUUGAGAGGUGAUAGUGUACGAGAGAAUCCCGAGAUUCCUGCAAUUUUUGGGGAAUAGGCAAGAGAGCCUGCUCUUGUGAAAUCUUGGAAGCACUGUAAAUUUAUGUUUAGGUAGUGGAUGGCAAUAAAAGUAAAAUGCUUUUUUGCUUGCUGUAAAACCUAAUCUGAAAAUGGACUGCUGCUGCCAACUGACUCCUACCCUAUUUACAAGAAACUCUUGUCUGUGUUGAAUCUGUUGCCAGGCUGCCGUUCUAGAGAAAACGAAAGUAAGUUUGGUAUAUAAGGCAGUUUAGAAAGCAGCCUGUUUCAGAGUUAGCUGUAGAGACAGGAGCUUCACUUGUGGUGAGAAAUCAGAAUUGACAGCAAGGCAAGGAAAAAUGAAAAUCAUAAGAGACAGACGAAAGGAAAUGGCUGUGAAUUUUCAAAUAAUAUUCUGUGCCAAGCCUGACCAGGAGCCCUUCGUGAAGAUUAUUACUGUAGAAGAGGCAAAACGGCGAAAGAGCAUUUGCAGCUAUUGUGAAGAAGAUGAUCGAUGCAGUGAAGAAGAUGAAGAUGCUUUGCCUGUCUUAAAAAACCAGAGUGUGCUCUUAGAAAAUAUGCAUAUAGAACAGCUCGCCCAGUGCCUGCCAGCAAGGGUUCAGGGAUAUCCCUGGAGGCUAGUGUACAGCACACAAGAACAUGGAACCAGCUUGAAAACACUGUAUCGUAAAUCGGCAUCUCUUGAUAGCCCUGUACUGCUUGUCAUCAAAGACAUGGACAAUCAGGUUUUUGGGGCUUAUGCAACACAUCCUUUCCACUUCAGUGAUCACUAUUAUGGCACUGGAGAAACUUUCCUAUACACAUUUGAUCCUCUUUUCAAGGUCUUUAAGUGGAGUGGAGAAAACACCUACUUUAUCAAUGGAGAUGUAACUUCCUUAGAACUUGGUGGUGGAGAUGGCAGGUUUGGUUUAUGGCUAGAUGCUGAUUUAUAUCAUGGUCGGAGCAAUUGCUGCAGCACAUUCAAUAAUGAUAUCUUAUCCAAAAAAGAAGACUUUGUCAUACAAGAUGUGGAAGUAUGGACAUUUGAGUGAUGUACAUGCUGCCUUAAAAGUUUACUGAGCACUCAAUGGAUGUUGAAUAUUGGAAUGUAGACUGCCUCACAAUAGAACAUGCUUCUCCUGCCCGUGAAAUCUGGUCACAGCCUGGCUGCACAAGAAGAUUUUAGGUCAAAAAGUGGAAAAACCUAAUUGCAUUUUAAAAAAUGAUCUCGUAUUUCUGCCCUGCCAGUGAUCUUACAGCAUGGAUGCAAGAUGUUUAUGGAAGGCAUUUGCGAUCUACAAGUUUGUUUAAAGCAGUCUCAUUAUUUUUUGUAACUGUGAAAGAAUACUGGUGGAAAAACAUAGACCUGUAUAGUACAUUCCAUGUGUAUUUUUAUUCUGCUUACAUGAAAACCAAAAAGAAGUAAAAGUUGGGUUAGCAAAUUCUACAGCGUAUAGUGAUGGUUUCCAUGAGAAAGGGGGUUAGUCUUUCAAAUCAGUAUACAGCACUUAAAGGGGGCAUUUUUAAAGGAACGUAUUUAUUGUUUGUAUAGUACAUUUUUAUGAAAUGUAAUAGGCAUGUUUUUUUCUUUUAACAUUUUAAUUUCAAAAUUUGCUCGGAAGAUUUAUUGACUGAAGUAAAUGUCUUAAGCGGUGGUGAUGAAUCAUUUCAUUUCUUAGGUAUUUUUAUACUUUGCUGGUUUUUUUUUAAAUAAUUUUUGUAAAAGACUUCGUUGUUGCUUUGUUCUUAUUAUUUUAGGAAUCUUGUUUUUGGGCAGAACACAUUACUUUGGAUUGUUGGAAAGCGGUGCAUUGUCAGUUUCCAUUAUCAAACACAGCUGUCUGGUUGCGUGCUGGAGACAGAUCCUCUUUUUAACAGGCUUAACAAUGAAUAGCUUUUGAAACAGUGGCAUUUUUAUGGGGCAAAAAACAGAUUCUUAAACUGUGCCCUAUAAAUUAUUUGAAACUCUUUGUUAGAGAAAACUAUUAGUGCCAUGCCAGAGUAACUUUGCCCUUCUUCUUUUUUCUUGGAAAAUGUUCUCUUUCUUGAAUAAGAGUUGAACCCUGUGGUUGCAUUCUGCUUUUUAAGCAGUCACUUCUCUUUCUGCUUAUUUUAUUUUUUUAUGACGUAAUGAAGCAGUACUUGAGAGCACUGCGUCCAAAUUCAGUAAGAAAGAUGUAAGUGCUGCAGGUUAAUUGAAACCAGAAACCAUUUUCGGUUAUUUGCCACUUCUAAAAAAUAUUUUGUUAGGAAGAGGAAGAUAUGAAAAGACAGUGCUAUCCCUUUCUGAAAUGCUGACGUUCUCCUAACUUUUGGGAGCCCUUGAUAAGCAAAUAAAGUCAACAUGAGAGAAGUUCAGUAGAACUUCCUAUGCUCCUGAAAAAGUAUCGGUCAAUACACUAUGCUUCUCAGCCUUCUUUAAGAUGCCUUCACAAGGCCACCUGUGUCAACCUAGGCUGAAACCUUACAUAUUAUCCAGGUCUUCCCCUGUUCAUGAUGACAUUGCUUCCAAAUGACUUGGAAAUAACUGGGACCAUCCAGUCUUGUGCUAUAUGGCCUGGUCAACCAGAUCCAGAUCACAAAGAGUACCAAUAAUUUCCUUCACAUAUAUAUUGCUUCUGUGUAGGAAACUCCGUACACAGUGACAUGGGGCAGACACACACGUCUGCUUUGGAGUGAGUAGUGCUGCACACUAACAACUUGGGCUUGCUGCAGUAAUAGCCUUCGUGUACAAAACCGCUUUAGGGCAUUUUGUUAACACUUGCAGCCUACACUUCUUCUUACCAUCAGUUCUACUCUGACAGAUUUUCACCAUUACAUAUUAGCAUAAUACUUUGGAGACAUUCCAGGGAACCUUAAAAGACAGUUUUAACAAGGAUGAGACACUUGUAGGUUGUAAGCAAAAGGUUUGUUUUUUUAAAAAAAAAUAAUGGACGUAUUUCACUACUGUUAUACACAGUUCAUUUCAUUAUAUUGUACUUGUCAGAGCAUAUCUAAAGUUUGUGUUCUAUAUUCGAAACAGUGUUGUCCUCUCAAGAUUCUGUGACCCUUCAGAAAACUAUGGAUAUUUAAUAUAUGUAAUGCAGUGCUAUUGCAACAUUUUCAAUAAAGGAAUUUAUGCAUUCA